CUCGCUGUCGCGUCAAGUCUGUCUAAUUUUCUGUUUUAAAAGAAAACUUUGGUGGGUAUUGAUCGGAUCGUUAAAGCAUAAUUUCUCAACUUUGCUCUGCUACAAAACAUAGGUUUAAGAAAUGCUUGAUGCCGGGCGCUGACUCGAGGUGUAACCCGCCGCCGGCGUGUGAUUCCUCGGCUUUGGACGAAGGCGCCCAAUUGGAACUGCAUUUACAGAGACAGCUCGAAGAAGAUGUUGCAAAAAUAUUUGACGAAUCAAUUUACACAGAUAUUGAGGUGGUGUGUGGUAAAUUGAAAAUACUAACACAUUCAUGUAUACUUAAAGCUCGCACAAACAAAUUUUAUCGCAAACUUGAAACAAUAUUGCAUGUUAAUAUCUCGCGCAGUACUUUCGAUGAAAUAUAUUCCUUCAUAAGUGACACUUACACUGAAUGUAAUAUUACAAUACAAGAAAAAGAAAUUCUUAAUUAUUUAAAAUCAGUACCUAUAAAUUCGAGUAAAAAGGAAGAAACUGAAGAAGUUGAAGAAUUUUUGACACCGAUAACGGAAAAAGUUUUAAAGAAGAGCGUAAGUUCUAGUCCUAGUACUGAACUUAAUAAAAAUUACUAUGCUUUGGUGCCUAUAGAAGGUAACUUACUAGAUAAAGAAUUAAUUGAACAAGACGUACUUUCUAGCGCGUUUCAAUCAAUAAUAAGUUCACAAAACGGUGAAUUUCAUAAUAUUCAAAACUUUCAACGUGUGAAGCCCACUUCUUUGGCUCUUGUGUCUAGUCAUACAUCCAAAACAACUGAACAUUCCAAUAUUAGUGAUAUAACAACUAGGAUAGAAAGGGACAAAACGAAAAAAAUCAAACAAAAUACAAUAACGGGGCAAAAUAAUAAGCCAAUCACAGAUAAAAAUAUAGAAACCUAUUCCCCCGAUAGCUUGAUCACAGAUGACCCUAGCUCUGCUUCAGAUUAUUUAUCAGCAACAUUCGCCUAUUCGCCUGGAGUAAGUGCUAUUGGUCAUGCUAAAUUAAAUGUUGAAGAUAACUUUACCAACAUGGAAAAUCAUUUUACAUCAUCGGACUCAGGGUUGGAGAAUACUGGAUUGCUCGAAAGUUUAACAAGUCAUAAAGACGUUACAUUAACCGACAUGUCAUUGACUGAAAGUACAUUGCACGACCUUACUAUUGACGAUGGUAAUCAUUCUCAUAACUCUAGUUCAAGUCCAGUAAUGGAAAAGAACGACAUUACGACAGAAAAUGUUUCUAAUGGGGCUGGUUGCACAAAGCCUAAUAAUGUUCAUGUGCAUGGUUCUGACACUCUAAUACAGCAAAAUGAGAUCACAAAUUGUAAUUCUUCCAAAGAGGAAAAACAGCGACAAAACGAAGAAAUAGUAAUACUUGAAUCCUCUUCCUUAUCUUCUGAGACUGGAUCUUGGGAAUCGGUUUUUCCUCCGAAAUUGGUAGUAAAGGAUGUUUGCCAUAAAUUUAUACAAAGCGAACGUCAGCACAACGAUAACACAGAUAAAGAAAAUAUAGAAAAAAUAUCAGACGCCCAUCAGAGUUUAGUUCAAAAGUCGCCCUUUAAAUCCACAUCUUGUUUUAUAGAUGCAGCAUCUUUGGUAGAUGAAGAAGAGGAGACAAUUAAAGUUGUUUCUGAUAAAAUUGAAAGCUUAGAUAUUAAUCAACCGGAGGCGAAUAAACCAAGUGAACCAGUGGCUUGUUUGACCAAUAAAACUGAUUUAAGUCCUAAUGAUUGGUCGGAAAAUGAUAACGAAGACUCUUUAGAACAGUUAGAUAACAAAGAUCCAGAUUCUAUACAAAAGGAUUUGUCACCAACUAUUUUUGAAAUGACUCCCAUCACAGAAGAUUCGUUAUGUGCAAACACUUUCGAAUCAGGUGAUAAAGACGGAAUUGCUAAAGCCUUUGUACCCGAAGAACCAAAUAUCAAUGAUAAUUGUACAAAAUUGAGCACUGUUUUCAUGUCUAGUACACCUAAUAACUCAAUAAUGUCACUGAAAGCAUCAACACCAAAGCAGUACGAAUCUGGGAGUGAAAGUGAUACAACACUAGCCAGUCGCGAGGGACUCAAUCCAAUAAAGAAUUUAAAAAAGUAUCAUGAAGCAUCUCCUAUUAUUUCAGGAGGUGCUUCUGUGGAAGACCAUUUACCAGUUGUUGGAAGUUUUACAGGUAGUCCAUCAAGUCGCAGAAAAAUGGAAAAUUCUCCCAUAGUAUCAGGAGCGUAUGCUCCUCCUGAAAUUGAGAAAACACCAAAAUUUAGUCGACCACCCAACGCACCGGUGUGGGUAGUGGAUAUGUCUUCAUCACCUAAACCAGACUCUGACAAAAACUCGGUUGUUAAUAACCAUAAAAAGCCUGGCGAUAGAACUUGCGACAAUUUAAGGAAUUAUUCGAAAUACUUCAGUAGCAAUGAAAAUUGCAGCAAAAGCAGGAGUUCUGUCGAUUCCGAUAGCAGUGACAGAUCUAGUCACAAAUUUUAUAUAGAUUUCUCUAGCAUACCUGUUCCCCCAGCCAUACGCAAAAAUCACAAUGAAGCCGAUAACAUCAACGCAAAAAAGAAUAUAUUUUCUAUGUAUAUAGAUUUCAGUGAGAAGACUACUUUGAAAGAAAUGCCUACUAGAUUGACUUCGAGUACUAAAAAAAAUAGUGCGGAAUCUAAAAGCUUACCAAAAAAUCACAAAUCCGCAAAUUCUGAUGAUAGGGUUUUUGACGGUGAAGAUAUAGCUCAAUCAACGUGUACUAAAAUUUUUAAGAAAUACGAAUCUCUUUGUGAAGACCCAAAUAUCAGUAUAUCUGAAAUAAUUCGACUUAAUGAAUCAAAAGAUCUCAAAAAAACACCGAAAAAUAUACAUGAAGGUCAGUCAAAAAGCCUUUGUGGCGAAAGAAGCUUUCAGCGAAAUGUAGAAUCCGUUAUACAAGAAGAAAUUAUAAAUGAUCAUGUCAAUGACCUCUUUGUAAAAUUAUCAGACCUGGAUAAACCAGUGCCAAAAAAUGAUGUUCCGAUAUCAAAAAAUAUAGAUCGACCAUUGGAUGAACGAAUGACCCGAUCGAUACCUGAGAAUAACUGGAGUGACCAAAACCGAGCUAGCGGGUCACAUUCCAAUGAAGUUAUUAGCUCCUUCCAUUCUGAAAACGCAUUAAGCUUAAAUCGGCUAUUCCCUCACCUAAGAAACGAAUUUAGCAGAAGUAUGCCUGGCUCACUAUCUAGCAGGACUCGAUCCCCUAUGAGGAUGGGAAAUUCUUGCAGUCCAGGUGACAUAGAGGAACAAAUUUCAGACGGAUCAGAAAUGAGCAGCGUGCAGAGCAGUGUCUGCCGUUCAAUAGUAGAAAAUAGCACUACUGAAGAAACAAGCCAAGCGUCCAGUCUUAUAGGCAAUUGUCAAUCACGUCUUGGCCAAGAUUUAUUGCGUAUGUUUUUAGAGGAAAUUGCCCCUGAUGUAAUAGUGGAAGUCUCAGGAAGGCGCAUCAAAGCACAUAAGUGCAUAUUAUCGUCAAGAUGUCAAUAUUUUGCUGGGAUUUUAAGCGGUGGCUGGGUACAGAGUGCUGGAAAUGUUAUUGCCUUGCCGCCGUUUUCGUUCAAUGUGGUACACUUUGCUCUCUGCCAUAUCUAUUCCGGAGUGUCCACUAUACCGGAUUCUAUCAGCAUUGUGGAGUUGGCGACACUGGCUGACAUGUUGGGUCUGGAAGGGCUCAAAGAAGCGAUCAUGUUCACUUUAAAAGCUAAAUAUUGCCAUCACUUUCAUAGACCUUGCGCCGUGUGUACAGCUGGUGUCCUGGAAUGUUUUCCGUUAUCAUCGGUGUACGGUCUGGAUGAUUUGUACAGGAAAUGUUUGAAAUGGAUAGCAAAGUACUUCUCGCUGGUUUGGCCGACGAAAGCGUUCGCCACAUUACCCUCGGAGCUAUUGGACAAAUGCUAUCAACAAAUUGUCAUCAACUUCAACCUUGAAACUAUUGUGGACACAGCUUAUGGUUGCGGUAUUACAGUGGAAGCGUUGCAGAACAGUAGAUGGGCUGAGGUAGUGGCCCGUAUGUGUCGACGGUUAGUUCACGCAGCGGCUCACUAUAUGGCACAGAAACUGACUGCGGUCAUGAGAGAUAUCGGCACUCUCCCGCCUGAUCCGCCACCGUGUGCCUUGCAAGCAUUACACGAAUGUAUCGCAACCGCCAUAGAAUGGGCCCCGCCAGACGAACUAUGUUGCUCGUAUGCAUUACUCGCGUCGGUAGUUCGGAAUACAAGAAAUCAACGCUUCGCCAAACCAGACCUCAUUACCAACGGCAAUUCUAACAAUAUCCCUGAACACGACAAUCUUUUAAGCGUACACGCGGCGAGCUGGAUUUUGCUAAUCGAAGCAUCUCUAGUUCGAGCCGCCCCUCGCGUCUGCUGCACUCAAGCGUUCAUCGAACUACCUUCCGAAUUGCGCAGGCGACUCAGAGAACUCGGCUGCAUUAUGUAUAGCAGCGGGCAAGCGCCGAUCGCCCCGUCGGUUUCUCACCAGAACAGAAGGAGCCGCAGCACCCAUCAAAACAAGACCAGUAAAUCCCUUAAUUCGCCCACAGUGAAGAGCUUGGACAUUGAUCAAAUGCGCGCGGCUUUCGUACCGUACGCACCCAAGCCGACGACGCACACUCGCACACACUCAGACGUUUUGAGAAGCAAUAAAAGCCUCCACGAUCCUAAGAAAGGUUCUCGCACCAUUCCACCCAAAGUGAGAACCACGAAAGCGCAAGAGGAACGCGCUAAAUUCAAUUUGACGAAAACAACACUGUCACAGGAGCGUCUCAACUCGAAGUCCAUUUCGAAAACAACGUACGAGCACACGAAACCGCGCUACUUGGAACCGAGGAACUGCGCCGAUUACAAGAACAUGAUGACUGCGAAAAAGUUGGCGCCUAUAAUGAUUUCCUCCACUGAAUCUUCUCGCAACUCGAGUCCGAUACAAGCCCGGAAUUUGAGGACUAGCCGAAUGAAAAUCCGGCAGAACUACCAGGCGAAAGCGGAAGUGCUGUCUCAAGACAGUUAUGCCACCAGUUCUCGGCCGCGUACGGCGGAGCCUUCGACGGACUCACACAGCGAGUCUCAGUCUAGUAACAAGUACGCUACUUAUACCAAGACUAAACACACAGCAAAGGGGUCUGUCGACACAAAUAAGUCAUGCAGAGCUCCGAGUACGUCCACGAUGAUGACAAACGGGAGACUACGAACGAAAAUACCCGUAUACUCUAGUCAAGCUCCAAAAAUGACUUCAACACAGCCAACCCAAUCAAGCAACAGAAAUGGCACUCAAAAGAGGAACCAUUUCAGUCCGCGAGCAUCUACAUCAACAGCGAGCACUACAAGUGUGCCAUCGAGGAACCGAGUUCAAACUCUUGAGAAGAGCUCUUGCUCAUUGAUGAACGCAACCAAAUCCAGUUCAGCGAAAAUGGUGACGAAGAUCGUGAAGGAGACCACUCGUGCUAAAAUCCCUCCGAAAAAUACCAAAACCCCAGCUAAAGGCUCCCGGCGCUGUGACAACGAACCACCAGUCGAAAAUAUUCCAGUGAUGGAGCGAUCAGGACGCAGUAAAUUACCACAUUAUAUUAGCCUCUGGUGGCAAUUCCCGUGGGGGCGACUGGGAUUAAAGGGGCAAAAGAAUGUGCCGAUGAAGCCAUCUUCACCAUGCCGGUCUCCAAAAUCGUGGAGGUUUGAUUAGAAACUUAACUCACUGCCAAAAACACAACAUCAUCAAAAUGUGUUAUUUUACUGUGGUCUACCGAACAGUAGGUGUUAUAUCCUAGAAGGGCACUCAAUUUCAGGGGUUUACAUCGUAAAAUAACCAAAAACACCAUUUUUAUUUAAAAGUUUGCUUUUGUACUUUAUAGUACAAAAAUCAUACACUUUAAAUAAAAACAUAUGUAGUUUGUAAAAGGCCGAGGCAUUAUGCAUUUAAUAAGCAAGAGAAAGGAAUGCAGAAGGAUAUUGAACAGGAAGCAGUAGAGCAGUCUCUCAGUAUACACACAUUUAGAGAAACGAAGUAUUUUGUGAGUCAAAAGAGCGUUAAAACGCCUUCAAAAAUCAGUAAAAACUACGUGGACUCUGUUUGCUAUAUUCGCAAAGUUUUUGUGAAAUUAAGAGUAAUUUUUUUUUUAUCCAGUAGCAAAAGACUUAGUAAAGCCUAUGCAGCUUAAUUUUAACUUUUUAUUCGAGGUCAGGAUAAAAAUAUGGGCGUCACAUGAGCUUAUACUAAAUUUCAAUGUUUACUUCACCACCAGCAGACUUGAAGAGUGUCAAAAAAAGAAAUAUAGUAUCAAGUAUAUUCUUACUAGCUAACCUGGCGAACUUCGUACCGCUUGCAAUAUCUUUUUCUACCAUAUAUUACAAUAAAUUGAGAUGUAAGCUAUCCUAUCUUUCAAGUUGAAUCAAAGGCCGCUUUCAAUUUAUGCGCAGCAGGCCGUCAAGAAACGCAUAAAUUGAAAGCGCCCAAACUGCAUACGGUGUGUAAAUUUGAUUAAAAUCGGUUAAGUAGUUUAGGAGCCACCCCAGACAAACAACGUGUGACGCGUUAUUUAUAUAAAGAUUUGUUAUGGACCUUGUGCUUAUUUUAAUGGCUUCGUUGCAUAAAAAAUAGGUUAGAUGAAACAAUUUAUAAAGGCUCUAUGCAAUAUUCUGAAGACAUUUUUCCCGGAAUUUUAAGGGACUAUAAAUUUUACGAAAUACCAAAAAUUUCAAUGUUUCAAACUAAAUUAUUAUAUUUUCUGAAUAUAUAGACUUGUUUUAUAUAUAAUAUGUUUUUAUUUUCUUGUUAUAUACAAUUAAAAGGAAAACAGCUAUUUAUUUUCUAAAAUUUCACUCUGACAUUGACUAACUACAAAAGCAAACUUUAAUAAAUAAAAAUAUCGCUUCUCACUUUAAUUAGGUGUAAUUAAUCAAAAUCUGGUACACAGAACUCAGACUCAAAAUCCGUGUUGACUGAUGUAAUCAUCAGGAUAGAGGCAGAGCCAGUGUGAAAUUUUAAGUGCUAACAACUGCAUAUGCAGUUUGGACCAAUGACUUAACGUGUCUUUAUAUGUACGUAAGGAGUUCGAAAUACAAUAUCUUGAUCGACUACUGACUUCCAUUACUGACUUCUAGAAAAGUUGCUUAUUUUCUACGAUAGCAAACUGAACACAUCACCACUGCCACGGUUUUAUAAAGAUUUAACGUGUACUUGGAUCUUACACAGAUUUGAUGAGAUAAUAUUUAAUACAACGAUGUAGUACUAAGCCUAAUGAAAACCAGUUACGAAUAACCGCUAUUUGGAUGCCAUAUAGUACUACAUAAGACCGUGUGUGACGUGAAAAUGCUAUCGUGCGCGCUGUACGACAUCGAUGUAUACAUAAAUAUAGCAAAAAGGUAACACUCACGCCAUAACCCCUAAGGGGUUGCAAUGUAUGAACAAGGGACUGCCCAAUAAACAUUUAUGUACUGAAGAAACGUCAAACAAAACGAAAGUGAAGCCGCAUUUAACUGGAUGUCUGAAACCGGCAACAGAUAUUGGUGUCGAGCUUAGGCUAACGCGAGCGAGUAUGACGAGUAGAAGAGAAAUUGAUACAAGGCAAAUGAUUCUGUCUACAUCAGAUACCUAAACGUUUUUUCUCCUUGACCACUUACAUAAUUCUAUGGUUUCUACAUUUCUACCAUAUUGCCGAAAAUUUACAAAAAACAUGACACCUAACGAUAGAGCGUUGCGGCCAUCUAGGUCACUUUGAAAAUCACUAGUCUCUAGAAAUUCGGAAAAUUUGAAGAAAACCAAUGCAAGUGGCCUAUGUAGGCUACUUUUCUGAAGCUGCCCUCACAUUGGAUGUAUUCUGCCAGUUAUUAUCGAAUCUGCUGAAAACUCUUAUUUUAUAUUUUUUAAUCCAAAGCGAAUUUUAUAGCAACUAAAAACGAAAACGUUUUUUUCACCUAUAAAAUUUGGUUUUUGUUAGUAAGGUGGUAUUUUAACAAUAUAGUCGUUAAUUUAUUUAAUGAGGGCGCGUCAGUAUUCGCCACGAUAAAAUAUGUGAAAAAGAUAAGACAAAAGUCAAAAGCGAUGAAAAUUAACCGCGUAAUGACGGACACACAAGUGAUAGUGUUCACAUUUUGUCCGUCGUUUCGCGGUUAACCGAAAGUGGGAGCGCAUUUGAUUUGUGCAGAAAAACACCGCUCCGAAGUGGACCUAAUUAUCGUGAGUGGUUGCGAGUUUUGCCAAGCGAUUUAAAAUGAGUUCUUUAUACGUUGUCUUAACACAGCCUACUAGCACAAAAUAGACAUAACAGAAGGUAAUCUCAUGUAUGUACUUCAUUUUGCAUACCUACGCUCGGCGGUCGCGCUAGGAUUGUUUACAUAUGCACAAAAAAAUAUGACGGUAGUGUGGCACCCCCAUCUAGUUUUUUGAUUUAUUGUCGACAAUGAAACAGAAAGAACGGAAAUAUAAACCAAUAAUUACUAAAAUAUUUCAAUUAUAACAAUGUUGUUAAAUUACAAAUUAAAAAAAUGACAAUUCACCGCUUAAUGUUGAAGUCAAACAACAGUCUACUGAACAGAUACAUAAACAUGGUUUUUGGUUCCUUAAUUUUUGCACAAAAAAGUUCAAACGCGUCUCAAGCGGGUGAAACUCGCACUCGCUGUGGUCUGAACUGGGGCCCAAUUCUCGCGGCGUAGAUAUUAUAUCGGCUUCGAGAUAAUAUCGAAAGUAGGGAUAUCUAUUGAAAAUAUCUACUGAUGGUAAAAAAUGCUAUUCUCGUGGAUUUUCGAUAUUCCAAUGAUAUUAUAUCUAUCGUAGAUAUUCUUUCACUGCCGAAUGCGUUCCGUUUUUCUCCAUUAAGUUAACAUCAUAGUCUAUAUAAAAUAAUAAUAAAUUAGAGCAGAAUUUUACAAGCAACAAAAUGAUAUUUUAUGAAUUCCAUUCAUAUUAAAUAUGAGUAUACAUUUUUUGAGUAUAAGAAAUCUCAACUUCACCUAAAUUGUAUGCGUUUAUAAUUUCGACGUUAUGUAUAAUGAAACGUCAAUAUUAUUUAAGAUUCUCCCUUUUCAGGGAAGGCAAAUGGAACAAUGCCCAUAAAGCCUAGUCUUUAGUUAUAUUAAUCUUCUUUUUUUUACAUUCGAAUGUCGGUGUGACGCAUUCUAAUGUUUCUUGGAGUGUUUGGCACGAAAUUUAUGGAGUUGGCUUUUUCUCUAAGCUUCUGUGAGGUAUUCAACACUACAAUAAAGUUCUCGAGUCCACUUGACCGGAAUAGCGUAUAUUUUAAAGAUUCCACUAAUGCUUCAGGUGCGCAGACGGUUGUAACACCAAAUCACACCAAUUUUAUUUCACAAUAUCCACUAUGAACGAAUUUUAGAAUAAUUAAAAUAAGAUGCCAACCGCACUCGCAGAAAUCCCGCCAAAACUCCGUAUCGUCAAUAACAAAAUGGUGUCGAUUCUGGCAUGAUUCUCUAAACCUAAACGUAAAUUUGACAACAGUGUAUCCUUGUCAUUCUCCAUACAGAAUGAAAAGGAGAGACUGAUGUUAAAUUUAGUUCUAAGUUUAGAGAAUUGUGUCAGAAUCGAUACCAAUGUCAUUCAUAACUUUAAAGAUUUCUAACCAAAUUUUUGUUUAAACGUAAUUUUUCUAUGAAGUCGGCGUCCCUCAUUGCAAAUGGGCCCUCUUGCUCUCACAACGGCGGCGCCUUAGCACAGCAGCAGCAAUCACGUCAUUUAUUAAAUCAUUGACGAAAACAUGAAUCAACUCAUCCAUCGUUAAUAUAAACUGGUGUCGAUUCUGGCACGAUUCUCUAAAUCUAAACUUAAACUUGACAACAGUGUUUCCUUGUCAUUCUCUAUACAGAAUGAAAAAGAGAGACCGAUAUUAAAUUUAGUUUUAAGUUUAGAGAAUCACGCCAGAAUCGACACCAUUAUUUACCUACUUCUUUAUUUACUAAUUAUUUAUGAAAGCAGUUAACAACGUCUUGAGGUAACAAUAAUUGGCAAAGACACACGACAACACAAUAAAGAAUAGGUAAAAAAAGUGGAAAUAAUAAGAUUGACAUGCCAAGAUCCAUAGAUAUUUAUAUAUCGAAGGCUCUUUACCAGUCGAUGUAUGUCUACUGAUCAUCCGUAGAUAAAUAUCUAUUGCGACAUGGUGAGAAUAGGGCAAAAAGGUUUUCCUUCGAUAAAAGCCAGAUCAUUCGACAUAUAUCGAAGGUGAUAUAAUAUCUAUGCCGCGAGAAUUGGGCCCCUGGUUCGAGAUAUCGUGAGCGGUGUCCGUGUGUGCGUUGCUCGAGCGCACUUUGUGUAGAUUAACUUCUGUUAUGUUUAUUUUGUGGUACUAGCUAUAGCGAGGCAAGCCAAAUUUGUUGGUAUUGGACAACCCUCGGCCAACCUGUGUUGGUGGCUUAAAUAUUGUAAGUAAACAAUGCUGAUAGUUUUAAGCCCAAAAUUUAGAAACCUAUUUGCGUUGGAAAAUCGAUAUGUUGACAAGAGGAAAUAUAGCAAGGUGUGUUUAAUAUAGUGUUUGCUUUAUACAAUCAAAAUGUUAUCGGGUGUGUAGUUUUUAAGUAGGAUGGCGCACAGGCCACGGUUAUUUUGUCUUAAUGCACUUAAAAAUCCGAUGUACAAAUUAAUAUUAUUAAAUUUCUCGCAAUAGCUUUUCCUUAUUAGGUAUGCCGCUACAUAAAACGCUGUAGAGCUCUUUCUAUUGAGCUUGAAUCGAAAUACCUGUUCGGAGAAGUAAUCUCCUCACCUUUAAAGAAAACCACAGUAAAAUAACAUUGAUUACUAAUGUCGAGCGAGCAAUAACCGAUUAAGAUUAAGGGCGUGUCCUGUCUAAAGCGGAAGCACGGAGCGGACGUUCGCUCCGCGUGCAGUUUCAUAGAGCAGCGCUGCGUGAGGCGGUUUUGCCAUCGCAGCGCUCUUGCUUAGGGCAGCGCUCUUGCUUAGGGCAGCGCACGCACUAAUACAUUUGGCAAAUAAAACGAAUGCACCCGAAAUCGCUAUUUAUUAUUGUAAUCGCAUCCAAGUUGUAUAAUCGGAUUACCAAUAAAAAAUGCAGCUGCUUACCAUACUGAAUUCGCAACUGCUGCUAUUGCUAAGUAGCCAUAAAAAUUUGUGAGCAAAAAACACAACAUUUUUGUCUCGCUGUGCGAUAAGAAUUUUUGAUACUGUUAAGGACUCGGUGGAUGUGAUCUCAUUCAAGAUUAUCGAUUACUAAUCAAAAUCUCCCUUAUGAGUGGAUGAGAAAUAAGCUUCGACUGGUUACGAAGUGUUUUGUUCAUUCAAAUGUCACUUGUCAAACACUGAACUCACUCAAUGAACAGAGACAAAACAUGGAGUAAGUAAGCCAAGCUUACUUAGUCUUUGUUUAUUAAUAAAAGGAUAUGAGCUGAUUUCGUAAAACAAAGUGUAAUCACGAAUAGUCUUUCAUUAAGUGUGUCAGUUCAAAUACUGAAAAACAUAUAUCUGUAAUAUGUAAUUGAGUUAUUCAUUAAGCUUAUUGUAGUUAUCACUGCUGGUUCUAUAGUGGUUCUGUUGUGAAUAAUUUUCGUAACUUUAGUGCUAUAGGCACUUGUUUUGGAUACAGAACAAUGCAUUUGCCGGACCAACGGCAUAACAUGCCUUAUGAACGCGCUAAGCACUUACGCCAUCGAUAUACUAGGGUAGAAAUACAAAUAAUUAUAGAAAUAUAAGUAUAUUUUUGUAAACAUAUAUAAAUAAAGAGCCACGACUUAGGUACAAAUGUUUUUAUUAACAUACAAACAUUAACUCCACCGGGAUUCGAACCCAGGAGCUCUAAGUCGGCGACACCUUGAAAAACUAUGUAUAACACUCCACCACGGAGGUCGAUAUAGGACGAAAGGCCCUUAUGGUACUUUCAAAAGAUAAUUUCGUAUCAAAUUUGGUAACAGUCGCUUAGGCAAGUGUGGGUGUUGCUUUGUAUAAUAUAUAAAUAAAUAAAACGCAAGCUCACAACACGAAUGAACGAGCUAAUAAGGCCCGUAUUAAAAAAUCGUUCUCAACUAUGAGACUACGUUCGUGGGAUACUGUAUUCAUACAAAACAGCAUCUCAACAUCAUACUCAAGAUCGCUCUCAGAGUUGACAGCUAUCUAUUAAUUAAUACGGUUCCUACACUGCCUUGCGUGACGGAUGAACCCUAGGAAUGAAGCAAGUAGCGGCAAACUUCUUGAGUAAAUAAACUUGCGCAGUAGACGACUUUGUAUGUAAAAUUGCCACUGCGCAGACUUUAUUGUGUUUGCCAGGGUAUAUAGUAAAGGUCAGCCUCCAGCAAGUAGAAAAGGAGACUUUCGCUUAGCUAGCUUGUUCCACUGUCGAUGUGGCCUGCGCUUAUUUCACGAUCAUAUAAUUUUUGGAGUUAGCUUCCAUCAAAAUUGAAAGUAUUGUACUUACCGCAAUUUUGAUGAAUAAACUAAACAUAAAUAUUCCGCGCAAGUCACAAAGAUUUGGAAAGAAUUACUAAUUAACAUACAGUUGUGCAAGUUAGUUUUCACGCAGUCUCAAAGGAUGGAACUAGUCGUCGGGUUUGCCUUAUUAGCAGACAUGAAAAAGCUAGAUCCACCAUUAUUUUUUUAACAAUAUUCGUCGUCAAGCAGACUCAUACACGUAGUAAUACAAUAAAAAAAAAUCUAGCAAAGCAGAGGCAACACAAUAUAAGAUAAUAAGAUUGUAUAACUUUAUGCGUAACAAAGGCAUAUUAAGGGAAGCAUUUUAAUCAAAUCCAUAAAAUCAGUUGAAGGAAGUAGCAAAAAGAACUACUUGAAACACACUAUAAGGGUGUGUAUUCCACGUAACGUACAUUAUAAAUAAUAUAGACAAAUGUAUUGUAAGACAAAGGGGCUGAUUGUUAUUUUAACUCUUGUGGAAAUAGCACAUUGACACUUUUCUUGGGCUUUAAAAAUAUGUAAAAUUGCUUCAGAAUGGUGAUUUUUAGGGAUAGUAAUUUCAAAGCAUCAUCCUCAUCAGCCCAUUAAUGUCCCCACUUGGGUCACAAGCUUUCCCUAUGAAAUAGGGAGAUUGGGCACGACCCAACACGCGGGCCCAGUGCGGAUUGGUGCGUGCUAACAACGACUGUAGAUGGCUUAAUGUACCUACCACAGCGCAGAGGAGGUCGAUUUAGUAAAGUUUUGGUCACCCAUCAUAUAACCAAACACUGCGAAAGUUGCUAACUUCCACAAUUGCAGACCGAAAGCGCUCACCUACGCCAUAGAGCUGCAUAUUACUAAUCUCUGAUAGAGAUGCAAAUGUUGAGUGUUUAGACAUAGAGCACAUUUUACAAGUCCUCUGCCAAUAGACAGAAGAUUCUCCAUUUUCUUCAAUGUUGUAAAUCGCCUCUCUGAGUUUUAUCAUUAUCUGUGUGUAGAAAUAUCUAUCUGUACUGAGUAACAUUUGCCAAAAAUCUACUCCAAAGUCCUUUGACCUUUCUGUCCCUGUGCUAGCAAAUAUCCUUCACUUGAACCAUAUUUGAUAUUGAAUAAAUUAAAAGUAUAAAAGGCUCAUAAAUAUUAGUGAACUAUUGUUUCUUUUAUUGUCACUAUAAUAAAGUAACUUAAAUGUAAUUGAAUUUACAAGCCAAUCAGAGAGUACAUUAUGUGGAACUUAAAGUUGUUUACAUAAUUACACUUACUGGAGGGGUAAACCUACUUACGAUAUUCACCUUGUAACAAAAAUACGUGAGAGCUAUGCAAGAUAGAUGCAUUAUCUCUCUAAAUGCAUUAUGUGCCAUUUUGUUUUAAUUUAGUGAAACACAUUAGUGUGUAAUUCGUUCUGUUUCCAUAAUUUUAGAUCAAAAAUUUUUCUUGAUAAAAAUCUAUUACAUUACAUCCCAAACCCAAAAAAUGUAUGUUGUUAUCAAUAUACAAAAUACUUUAUUCCUGUAUAAAAGAGACCUUUAGAAAUGACAAUACUGGACCUUCAGGGCGACCUGCAUAAAUAUAUGAAAUAAAUAAAUAAUGUGGUAAAAUGUUAGUUAGUUUGAACUAAAUAUUGUUUUAAUGUUACUAGACUUACUUUUAACUGCAGAUUUUCCUGUCUUAAUCUGUGCUCUUCUUCCCUCAACGAUAUAACUUCUAGAGUUGCCCUUCUCAAAUCACUUUCCAUAUUUUCAGAUUUAGGGAAAAUCUGAAAUAGAAAUAAAAAUAUUUACUAGGUAGUACCCGUUUACACAAGAAUUACUUACGCAAUAAUUAGCGACAAACAAUAAAUGCGAAUUUAAAACAAAAAAGGAUUCAGUUGUCCGAUUUUUUGGAAAAUAUCAGCAGAAAAAGGCAAUAGAAAUAAAUUAGUACCACUUUAGAGUUUGAAGCUCCAGAUGCUUGGUCUUCAUUCUUCCUCUUAGCUCCAUUGUCAGUGGCGCUUUGCGCUUCCUGUUGACAAUUACAAUGACAUGCCGAGGAGAAAGGGUAAGAAAUUAUAAUAAACACGUGUAAUUUAAAUAUAUGCUGGGAUAACAAAAAAAGUACAUGUGGGUGUGAAAAAAUAAGAUUGUGAAAUAGUAAAUGAACAAUAGAGUUUAAAGGUUGAUUAAUUUUGACUGAAUCAGAUUGGCAACUCUGGGGAACAUUACUUCUGUUAGAUACUGUACAGCUUUGACAAAUACCUGUGUAAAACCUUUUGCUUGAUCUGAAACUCCCACUCGUUUCUUUGCAACUUCAUUCUGAGCAGCAUCUCCAGCAUCCUAGAAUAUUGUAAAAAAUGUAAUAUGGGUACACAUAUGUCAAUCAUAAUAUACAAGAUUGAUAGCAACUCGAAUUAUUAGUAUAGAUUGUACACAUUUAAUAUAUACUUACAUUGAGGUUGGUACCACGAGGCGUCUCAAAGACACACUUUAGCUUAUAAUCCAUAAGUUGCUCUGGACUGAUCUCUUUCCACUGUAAGGAAAACAUUACAAAUAGUUAUUGAAGUUAUACUUCUUUAGGCGCGUUAUGAAAAAAUAUGUUGAGAGUGAAAUUUUAAGAUGCGCGCGCAUCUUGUAACACAAAAUUUUAACAGCAUGAAGUUGGUCGCUUUAGCGACCAACUUCAUGCGUUACUUUUGUGUUUACCGCACAUUAAGAAAAUCUACCAACAAAAUAGAAAUAGAAUCUCUAUUUAGUGGGUGCUAACGACUGCAUUGUGAAGGCCUAUCAAAAUAUUUAUUAAUCUGGAACAACGGAACCAAAGCGCGAUUCAGGAGACUACAGCGCCAUCUCUUGACCAUUGGUGUAGUAGAACCAAAACCACAUCUUUAUUUUUUGUAAUAAAGUAACAGUUAUAGGUAUUCAUAUUUAUAAUAUUUAUCCACAUGUUUCUAGUUUGUAUAUUCGGAAUACGUGUUUGAGUUUCAUACAAGUGCAAAUCACAUAUGUUCUAAUAAAUUAUAUUCAGUAGCGAUUUUAAUUGAAUAUUUUGAUUAUUUAUUUAUUUUUUCAAAUUAAAACUGAACUUUAUUGACUGUGUCCUUUUCCAGACUUUUUAUUAAUUUAUUGUA